UUGAGGGUAUUUGAGAGGAGGAUCUAUUGAGUAGAGUCUACAAGGUUAUGUCUUUGUUGAAUAUAUUGUAACAAAGAGAUAACAUUGUAAAAAUGAGGGAUCCUGAUAGUAUUUGAACCUCAACAACACCUUUGAUUUCUAUAAAGUUUUUUCUAGUUAGUGAUUUUCUUAUACCUGAAGGAUUUUUGCAUUGUCUUAAUCAAGCUGGCAUUGGCAUCACCAAGAAAUGGGAAUGAGAUGUAACACAUUUGGAUUUUGGUUUAGAAUUUGUAUUUGCUUUAUUUCUGUUUGGGGAAUUAGUGAGUGUUGGUCGCUUAAUGAUGAAGGAUUGGCUUUAUUGGAGUUUCGUGGAAGAAUAACUUGCGAUCCUCGUGUUUCUUUGGAGAAUUGGAAUCCAAAUGAUUAUGACCCUUGCAACUGGUUCGGGGUUUAUUGUGUCGACAGUAAAGUGCAGACUUUGGACCUAAGUGGUCUGUCCUUGGAAGGGACAUUGGCUCCUGAGCUUGGGAAACUUAGUCACUUAAAAUCACUCGUGUUAUGCAAUAAUAACUUUUCUGGUGACAUUCCUAAAGAGCUUGGAGAUUUAGCUGAGUUAGAGUUAUUAGAUUUAAGGGAGAAUAAUUUAUCAGGUUGCGUUCCAGCAGAACUUAGUAACAUGUUAUCCCUAAAACACUUGUUGCUUUGUGAUAACAAUAUAGAAGAAAGUGAUUUUCAAGACCAAGGAAAUUUCAGAUUAUUUUCUAAAUCACUACUUGAUGAUUGUUCAUCGCCUCUCGCGACAUUAUUUGCCUGCAUCAAUAGAAAGUUUGGUCACUGUGUGUGGCAUAGCAACGUCAAGCAAUGGAGCAAACCAGAUUCGUUGAUUAUUCCGAUUAAAGUAGCACUUCUGAAAUGCCUCGACGCCUUUUCGCUGCCACUGUUCAAGCAAGGCCAUGAAGAGAAGUAUUUUGAACCAGAAAUUGUGAUGAAUGUGCCAAAUUUGAUCAGUUAUGGGCGUCGUAGGUUACUUGAACGUUCGAGUAACCUUGCCGCUGCACCUUAUAAAGGCGAACCUGCAAAAGAUUUCAGUAAAACUCCAAUUAGCAUUAGUAGUGGAUCUUUUCCAGCUGUUCCACAAGCUAAAAAGAACAAAAAUCAGUCACAUACACCAUUGCCUGCUCCUUAUUCUCUUCCAAAUGAUGUAAUCCAUUCAAGUCAACAAAACAUCAAAAGAGAUGAAAAUUUGUGGAAGUAUAUACUUAUUAUCAUAGCUAUCGUCGUGAUUGUCGUUCUGAUCGUAGUUCUUCUUUGCAUAUGGACAAAACCAGCAGCUAAAAUAAUUAAACCUUGGAACACAGGCAUUAGUGGACAGUUGCAAAAAGCUUUUAUAACAGGUGUUCCUAAGUUGAAUAAAGUAGAAUUAGAGACAGCAUGUGAAGAUUUCAGCAAUAUUGUUAUUAGUUUUGAAACAUGCACUAUUUACAAAGGAACAUUGUCUAGUGGAGUUGAAAUUGCUGUUGUUUCUGGUCUCAUUAAUUCUCGAAAAGAUUGGAAUAAGAACAUGGAAUUGAACUAUAGAAAAAAGAUUGCGACAUUGUCCCGCAUUAACCAUAAGAACUUUAUUAAUCUUAUUGGAUAUUGUGAAGAAGAAGAACCAUUUGCAAGGAUGUUUGUAUUCGAAUACGCCCCAAAUGGAAGCCUAUUUGAGUACCUACAUGUUAAAGACGUCGAACGUCUUGAAUGGAGUGAAAGGAUAAGAAUUAUAAUGGGAACGGCUUAUUGUCUUACGUACAUGCACGGGUUAAAUCCACCAAUAUCUCAUACCAAAGUUGCUUCGAAUUUGAUCAUGUUGUCAGAUGAUUAUGCUGCAAAGCUUGCAGAGAUCACUUUUAGAACUAUUCUAGCACAACCUAGUUCAAGUAAAGGUGGUUCUUCAAGGAAAUCUGAGAUGCAACGGGAGCCUUUCGACACCAAUGUCUAUGAUUUCGGAAUAUUGUUGCUAGAAAUCAUUUCCGGGAAAUUGCCUCAUUCUGAAGAACAAGGAAGUCUUGUCAACUGGGCUUCUGAGUACUUAAAUGACAGAAGAAGCAUAACUUAUAUGAUUGAUCCAAGUCUGAAAUCAUUCAAAGAUAACGAACUCGACGUGAUCUGCGAGGUGAUUCAAGGGUGUAUUCAACCUGAACCAAAGUUAAGGCCAACAAUGAAAGACAUAACUUCUAGAUUAAGAGAAGUGGUUAAUGUAACACCUGAGCAAGCUUCUCCAAGGCUUUCACCACUAUGGUGGGCUGAACUUGAGAUAUUAUCAGUGGAGGCUACUUGAAGUCAGUUUCAAUCUUAUUACCAGAGUGGUAUAUUGAUUGAUAAUUGCUUAUUCAUAGCAAAAACUUUUUCUUAUUAUUGUUCUUUUGUAAUAAGAUUAUUCAUCAUUAAUACCUUAAUAAGCUACUUAUGUCCAACAGAAAUGCGUAUUAUGUUGUUGUUUUGCAAGAUCUUUGAUGUAAA